AUGUUUUGGAGGUAUGAGGAAGUUACAGCUGCGUGUGGUAAGGCGUUGACUGAGGAGCGAAACGGACGAAGGCGCUUUUUACUUAAUGUAAUAGCAAAAGAUCUUGCUGAGAUUGGGUCCAUUGUGAGAAAAGAAUCUGGCCAAAACGUACAUGAGACCAAUGGAGAAACUUCCUCAGAGGUCGACAAGAAUAAUGAGGGCUUUGAGGAGCGUUUGCUCAGUCGUUUGGGUUUUGCUACCCAGUUAGUUCUUGUGGAGAAUUGCGGGACUCGGCUUUCGAGCAAAGGAUUGAUAACUAUACUGGAGUUUGCAACUGUGCUGCUUAAUUCAGGUCUUAUUCCUACCGCCCUGGCAUCCACGCCGCCUGAGAUAAGCAUACCUGAGAGCACAUCCGGUCGUACUGGCGAUUUUUUUUCUAAAUUGCUUGGCGGAGGGGCAGGUGCAACUCGGCGUUCUGCACAAAGUACCUCCAUUGAAAAUGCGACUGCAGAAUGUGAAGUAAAAAACGAAGCAGUAAAUGUAUUUACUGCUGUGGUUGAAGGAGUUUUAGUGAUUGCACAGCAUAUAGAGGGAAGGGACGUUAAUGACCAACUCCUGUUUACAUUGGUUACGGCUCUUCAAGCAUCCACAGUUCCUGCUUCUGGUCGCACAAUUUCAUCUGAGAAACCGCGUGAUGACUAUAAUAAUUAUUUUCUUGCCGUUCAAGGAGAUGUGCUGUUGCAUGUGGUUGAGGGACUAUUUGGAGUCUUUAAAAGGAACAAUGUGAUUUUUCCUCUAGUUGAGGAAGUAAAGUCAGCCUUAAACUGCAUUGCAAAAACAUUGUCGAAGGCAAUUGAAUUUGAGAAUACUGAACUGAGGUGUGAAGGAACGGCAGCAGACGUUACAGUUGGACGAGGAUACCAGUCAGAUGCUGCUAGGAUAUUGGAAUACUGUUGUAGCUUAACAACAUCUUCGGAG